UUUUCGUUUUCGUUGGAGAAACAAAACAAAAAUACCACAAACUUACUCAGUUGAGAUCCAACCUAGUAACGAAUAAGACGUAUCCAUCAGAACCACAACUUCCACUAUAUACACAACUCUUGAAUUAUAUUUUUUAGCUCGUGUUGUAUUCUACAUUCCGUUUACCUUUCUCUCUCUUUUUUGGUGUAUUUUCGUCAACGAUCUAUUUCGCUCCCGUGAAAAACUAAUUUUUUCUACUUAGAAAAGAAAAACAAACAAGAAAUUCAAAAAAUUGUGAAAAUGGUUUCCCUGCAACAAAGUGUUCUUAUCCUUGCCGCUCUAGCUGCACUUGCAUCUUCGGCAUACGCCAUCAAUUGCUAUCAAUGUGAAUCAGCAACCGAUGAUAAAUGCGGUGAACAAUUCAACCCUGAAGGUGUCCGCAAGGUUGAUUGCUCCAAAUCACCAAUGCCAAGGUUCCUACAGAACUUGCUAUCAAUCACAAAUGCAACUGGUUGCAUGAAGACAAUCAAUGAAGCUGCUGGAAAUAAGCGCAUCAUCCGUUCUUGCUACUUUGGUGACGUUAAAUCAACAUCUUCAGGAUGUCAAUCCGAUCCAUCACUCCCAUUUGUCAAACAAAUCUCAUGUGACGUUUGUACGGAUAAUUUGUGCAAUGGAUCCUCUGUAACUGGACCUAUUGCCUUAACAAUUGCUGUGUUUGCUUUAGUUGCACGUGUGCUUUAUUAAGUUCUUUUUUUAAUUUUUAAGAUAAAAUGUAUUUAUUUGUUUACAUUAAAAUGUAUUUUUAUGUUCCAAAAAGGAAAAAGAGAAGAAGAAAAUAUUAAUUUUUAUUUAUAGGUUUACAAAAUACGAAAAUAAAUCAGAAAUAAAUGACCUGAGGUGAUGAUUUAAUAA